UUACAAUAUGAAUAUUAAUUAAAUCUCGGUGACGUUCCCGCUAGAAGCGUCCAAUCAUUAAAAAGGAUCGCCAUCAAAAUCGUUUGCUCAUUCGCCUGUCGGUUAGCGCCCGCCUACUGACGCGUGUGCUUAAGCCAAUCAGUUCGCGAACGUCACGGCGCGUAAUUAAUAUUCAUGAGCAAACCUUCACCAUAGUAGAAGGAACACAAGUUCUGUUAGUAAGGUUUAAGGUUAGUAAGUAAGUUUAAAAUGAAAAAUGGAUUCUUUCUCGCCGCAUCCACCCUCCACUGUGUUUUUUGAUUUAGAGACAACUGGUUUAGAUCCGUCGUGUGAUAUCGUCCAGCUGGCCGCAGUGAGUGGAGGACACACUCUUAACCUCUUCAUGGUCCCCCGUCGGCCGAUGCAGCCCGGGGCGUCCAGGAUUACGGGCUUCAGUGUGAGACGCCAGCGUCUGUUUCUCCAUCACCGGCCUGUGCUCACCAGCUCCCUCCGAGAAGCCCUGGUCUCCUUCAUAACCUUCCUCCGGAUGCUGGGCCGGCCGGUCCUGGCGGGUCACAACAUCCGCAGGUUUGACUGCCGCGUUUUGGCCAGGGCUCUGGAUGAGUUCAGCCUGAGGUCAGACUUCCAGAAAGAGGUUUCUGGAUUUGUGGACACCCUUCCUUUGGCCCGCCAGCUUCUCGGAGACAGCGGCCUCCAGAGCUUCAAGCAGGAGAACCUGGUUAAGACCCUCCUGGGAGUUUCGUAUGCGGCCCACGAUGCUCUAGAGGACGUGCAAGCCCUGCAGAACCUCUACUGGGCCCUCAAGCCCACAGCCAAUCAGAUUCGUCAGCACAUUUUUACUCUCGACUCAUUGGCUACUGCAGCUGUCAAUCCAGUAAAAGCGUCUGGACAGAGCGGUUUAUGUGAGCGCUUCAGUAAAACACUGGAUAUUGUGAGGGAAGAAAGAGCAGGGGAGCGUUUGGACGGCUGAAACACACACCACUUUUCAAUAAAUCAGUAUUUAUGAAGUUAAAUUGUUCGAUGUUAGUAUUUUGCAUGGUUAUGGUUAUCAACAAACGAUGUAAUUAUGUUUUUUAAGAAAUAAAUGUAUUUAAAUGUA